UGGUUGGCAGACACAUUAUAUACGAAUUUUCCGUCAAUAUAAUUACAAUAUACUGUAUACAGUAUAUUCAUACAUCUAUCUGUAAACAUGAUGGCAGAACAAGAAGCGGGGAGCUUGAAGAAGAAGAAGAAAAUAAUCGCAAUUGCAGCAGGAGAAGCUCACACUCUCGCACUUACCAGUGAUGGACAGGUAUAUACAUGGGGUAGAGGUACCUUCGGCCGUCUGGGCAAUGCUUCUGACCUCGAUCAGCUCUUUCCACUUAAUAUUAAUUUCACGGAUCAGAAUGAUAGCGUCAAGAUUACUGGAAUUUCUGCCGGCGCUUAUCACUCUCUAGCUCUUGCUGAUGAUGGUUCACUUUGGAGCUGGGGCUAUAACGCUUAUGGUCAACUAGGUUUUGAUGGAGAUAAUUCUUCUGUUCCCUGUUUGGUGAAGUUGCCAAAGGCAGGGAAUGAAACAGAACGUAAGGUUUCUUUAGUGAAAUCUGGAGGUAUGAUGUCACUAGCAGUAGAUGAUAUUGGGUCCCUCUGGAUGUGGGGCAACUGCUCUGUACAAGGAAACUCAAGUGAAUCAGAAUUUAUACUUGACCCGACACCUACUCCUAUGUCUGUUGAUUUCUAUGGGCACACUGUGGUUAAGGUAGCAUGUGGAAGUGAGCACAUUGCAGCUUUAGUCAAUGGUGAAGGUGGUGAUCUCGUAUGCUAUACAUUUGGUAACAACAAUCAUGGCCAGUUAGGCCUUGGAGAUACAAAUAUGAGGCCAAACCCUCAAAUGGUUGACAAAUUCAACGCAAGAUCUCUAUGGAAAGCUUAUGAAGUAGCUUGCGGAGCCUUCCAUACUUGUGUACUUACUUAUAAAAGGACACAGAGUGUUCCACUAGAAAGUUUAUGUUGGACUUUUGGCCGUGGUAAUAACGGACAAUUAGGUCAGGGAACCACAAAAAACUCAUUGUACCCAGAAAUUGUUGAUAAGUUGCCCGAAAACGUGCUCUUAGUUUCUGUAGCAUGUGGUUUGUUUCACACAAGUGUAGUUUCAUCAUCUGGGAAUGUUUGGUCUUGGGGAAUGGAAAACGGGUUGGGCCUAUGUCCUGAAGCUACUUUUACGGAAGGUGAUGGUGGAGAUGCACUUUCUCCCCGGUUAAUCAAUGACGUAUCUGGGCCAAGAUUUUCAGAACCUGUUCAGGUAGCUUGUGGUGCUGCUCAUACUGUUAUUCUUGCAGAUGGUGGAUACAAGCUUUGGUCUUGGGGAAGAGGAAGAAGUGGUGUCCUCGGAAAUGGUCAAGAGGCUGAUUUUUUCUCCCCAAAGGCCGUGUUGUGGCCUCCACCAAAUGUCGAGGGUCCAGAAACUGUUGCCAACAACCCCGUUGUGGAAAAGGAUCCUGAAGAAGCAACCGAGAUUGAGAAGAAAUUAUCAGUUAUGAUGGAUGAAAUGAAUCUUCUGCACUCUAAGCUUCGUAUAAUGGAGCGUUACGCCAGCAUUCUUCAUGGUUCUAUCUUUGGAAAGCCAUUUGAAGAAGAUAAAGAUAUACCACUCUCGUUACAGAACUCGGGUACAUUUGAUAUUACCAAAGAGUGGGAGAAUAUGCUGGAAUCAUGUGAUCGUGGUAAACUCAUACGUUUGCAGAUGUUUUAUCGUAACAUGCUUGCAGGUGUUGAAGAUAAGAUGAUGAAACAAAGGAUUAAGGAGAUGCUUAAAGAGUAUCUUGGAUCAUCAACGAGUACCAAUCACUAAGCAGGCAUGUUUAAUGUGGAUUAGGCCCGUCUAUGUUUUGUAUUAAUCCUUAUUACAGGUGUGUUUGCUGUACAUCUCAUUUAGAAAUGUUGAGAUUGUAUUAAAGAAAAAGUUGCCUAGUUCCUGCUUUAUACA